UAGAUCAUGUUUUGCACUUUGAAUACACAUAGAAUUGACAUGGACAAGCUCUUAGGAGGGCAAAUUGGCCUUGAAGAUUUCAUAUUUGCACACAUAAAAGGACCAAAAAAGGAAGUGGAUAUUCUUAAAUCCGAAGAGUCACUGGGGCUUACGAUUACAGACAAUGGAACUGGCUGUGCCUUCAUUAAGCGUAUUAAAGAAGGCAGCCUUAUUGACCAAAUCAAAAUGGUAUGCGUGGGUGAUCAUAUAGAAUCUAUAAAUGGGAAAAAUGUUGUGGGUUAUCGUCAUUAUGAAGUUGCCAAGCUACUAAAAGCACUGGAGAAGGGGCAGACAUUUAAGCUACAGUUGAUAGAGCCUAUGAAAGCAUUUGAAAUGAUUGAACCAAGGCUUAAAGGUGGAAGUCUAUCAGAGGCUAAAAUCUCAAGGGGAAGAGAAACACUUCGACUGAGAUCUAAAGGCCCUGCCACUCUGGAAGAAAUGCCCUCUGAUGUUGAAGAAAAAGCAAUAAAGAAAGUUGAUGACCUUCUUGAAAUGUAUAUGGGAAUACGAGAUAUUGAGUUAGCUGCCACAAUGGUAGAAGCUGGAAGAGACAAAAACAAUCCAGAUGAAUUUGCAGUGGCACUUGAUGAAGCUCUGGGAGACUUUGCAUUUCCAGACGAGUUUGUCUUUGAUGUAUGGGGAGCCAUAGGUGAUGCUAAGGAAGGACGAUUGUAAUGAGAAUUGUUCAUUAAUCCUUGUUUGAAGGUAGCAGGUUUUUAAAUAAGUAUUAGAACUGAAUUUAAAUAGCUUGAUUGAUGUCAACUCUGAGCUAAGUUUGUAUAUAUUUAAAAUAUUUCCACUGAAAAUCUUUUGCAAAGAAUACUUUUGCGGUAUGCAUUUUGAAAAAUCUUGGUAUACUGUCUCAAUUAACUGAAAGCUACACAUCUGAAAAAAUAUUUUAUGUACUUUCAUAGAUGAAUAUGUGGGGCAGUUUAAGGAUACACUUAGCAUUCCAUGAAAAUUGAUCUUGUAUUUUGUUUUCCAGACAUGUAGCAUAAUACCAAUAUUUUGAAACUCUGCGAAGGUAUUAGAUACACUGGCUGUAGAAGUUGGUUGAUUUUUUUAUCUCUUUUAAUGAAAAGACUUACAAAACUUGAUAAAAUAAAAAAAUACUUGCCUCUAUUAUAAUGCAAUUAUGCUUUCUUUUCUCAUGUACAUUUUGUAGAUACAAGUCUGUGGUACUGUUAGACAUGGAAAAGUUGCCUUUUAUUAAAGAAAAUUGCAUAGCAACUCACCUUUCUGUGUAGGGGUUAGGUUAAGAGAAAACAUUUUUCCGAGACACUUUGUUUGAAAACAAAUUGAUUUUAAUGUGGUGUACAGCAUAUAAUACCUAAUCUGUUGCUGGGUGGAAAGAUUCAUUAGAAGUGUUUAAAACAAGAUUAUGAGCUGCUACUUAAUUUCUUUGCCAUAUUGUUGGAUAAAAGUUCUCUGACCAGCUAAAGAAUAAAUGAAAGUUAGUUGCUUCUAUUUUAUACACCUGUUAUGUAUAAUGGUAGUGAUCUGGUGCUGAGUGCUGUACUGUAUGACUAGUCAUGGAUUUAUUUAACUUAGCAUGAGCGCUUUGUUGAAUAAAGGCCUUCGUUUCCUUUU